AUGGUGAUGUUCAAGAAGGUGAAGACCUUCCUGAUGUCCUUCAGCGAGCCUGAGAAGGUCUACUGCAGUGGGGAGAAGGUGGCUGGGCGCGUGUUGGUGGAGGUGGCCGAGGUGACGCGCGUCAGCGCCGUCAAGGUGCUGGCCUGCGGGGUGGCCAAAGUCAACUGGGCCAAGGGCCCCCAGCAGUGCAGGCAGGAGAUGGAGUACCUGCGCUUCGAGGACGUCCUCACCCUGGAAGAGCAGCCCAUUGACGGGGACGGCUCUGUCAUCCUGAGACCCGGGAACAAAUACGAGUACAAAUUUGGAUUCGAGCUUCCCCAGGGGCCUCUGGGUACCACCUUCAAGGGAAAGUACGGCUGUGUGGAUUACUGGGUGAAGGCCUUCCUGGAGCGCCCCUCCUUUCCCACUCAGGAGAUAAAGAAGCGCUUCGAGGUUAUGGAUCCUGUUGACGUGAACACUCCGGAAUUGCUGUCCCCGGUCGCUGCCAAGAAGGAGAAGAAGGUGUCCUGUAUGUUCAUUCCUGACGGACGCGUGUCAGUCAGCGCGCAAAUCGACAGGAAGGGCUUUUGUGAAGGUGACGAGAUCUGCAUCAACGCCGACUUCGAGAACACUUGUUCCCGCAUCGUGGUGCCCAAGGCGGCCAUCGUGGCCAAGCACACCUACCUGGCCAACGGGCAGACCAAGGUCUUCACCCAGAAACUCUCCUGCGUCCGAGGCAACCACAUCAUCUCGGGCAUGUCCGAGUCCUGGCGGGGCAAAACCAUCCGCGUCAAGAAGCUCAAACCCUCCAUCUUGGGCUGCAACAUCCUGCGCGUGGAGUAUUUCCUGCAG